AUUAAAGAUCGACUUACUCAAACGACUACCAGCCAGCCAGUCAGAGACACGACCCAGAACCUUCGCCAGCGCUAGCAUUCGACACAGCCAACAACAUCUCCAUCGUCACCGUAGCGAUCCAGCACUGCCACAGAAUGGCAGGCCUCAAGAUUUCGGUCCAUCGAAUGCCACAGCUCGCUGAGGCAAUGGAGCGGGACGACGACUGGACCGGCGUCACGGAUGCUGCGAUUCGGCGGAGGAGGCAGAAUCGACUCAACUCGCGAGCUUUCCGACGGCGCAAAGCAUUGGAGUCAGCACGGCCACAAGCCCCGUCGUUAUCACUACCACAGUCCCGAAUCUGUCAUCCUCCCAGCCCACAAGCCCAGAGGGCUUUGAGAGAAGAAUGCGAGGUGAAGGGCGAAACCCUCGUUCCAUGCUGGAUCGAGGCUCGCCAGGCCGUCACAUACUUGACAGCAUCUAAUCUCCCGAAUCGGCUGCACGGCCAGAGAAGGCCACUGCUUCCAUAUACCUCGACACCGGUGAACCUCGACCGAGUCAUUUUCCCUCUCUGCCCGGACCAUCUGAUCAUCUUGCUCGAGUACAACGUCCUCCGCGGCUGUCUGGAGAACAGACGGCUCCUCACGGAAGCGUUCCGGGACAAGGCCGACUACAAAGGUAUUACUGUUCAUCUUGGUUCCAGUCAUACUGUCAAUGGCAAGGAUAAAGGUGAGAGGAGUGGUCAUGAAAGUGAUGAAGGCGAUGGAAGAGAAUGGUCCUCCACAGCCCCGACCGUCCUCCCUGCCAUCGACGACACCACACAUCUCGCGCGCCUUCUUCCGCCAUCACUGCGUCCGACACGUCUGCAGAGCACUGUCCCGCACGCCGCGUGGAUCGAUAUCCUCCCGCACCCGGUCUUGAGGGACAAUUUGAUCCUCGCCACAACUUCGACUACAGAAGGCACGACACAGCCAUCCCAGGAAUUCGACCCGGAUGCCCUCUGGACAGACACGGUCGGCGACCUCUUCUUCGAGACUGGUCCCUCGUCGAACAACAGGUCAACGUCGCUGCCAUCGUCAUCGGAGCAAGUGGAGGAGGUAGCUGACGCAGUGUUCGCGGGCGGAAUAGUCUGGUCGCCGCCCUGGGAUGUGAGCGGGUGGGAACUGUCCGAGGGUUUCUGGCGGAAAUGGGGGUGGAUGAUGGAAGGUUGUGCAGGGGAGAUUCUGGAGGCGACGAAUCGGUGGAGGAGGCGGAGGGGCGAGGAGGAGCUCCAGAUCCAGAUCGGCAGCUUGUCAUGUGUUUAAAGUGUUGUCAUUCACGUCGGCGAUCUGCCCACGAAGAGCGAGAGUGCAAAAAGGAAAA